UGACACGAAGACACUUACAGGCGAGAGCUAAUGAGGUUUAGGCGCAGUUUCGACUCCUCCCUUUUUUGUCCUUAUAUGGCGCUAAGCGCUGCUCGUCCGUUUGAAUGUAAACAGUUCGCGGGCGAAUCGCCAUAUGAACAGGCAGAUCAUGAAGAAGAUUUUUCUGUGAGUAUUCGAUUCAUUUUGGAUCAUUUCCUCUCACAGAAAUGUUGUAUGUCUUCAGAAGACUUGCAGUUACACACCACGAACUGUAUGGACGAUGUUUGAGCUUGGAUAGCAGUGGAUUAGCUAAUGGUCGCUCUGAGGCUCGUGAAUCCCUAACAAUAUCUUCACAAACUCAACAUCUGACUGAGAUAAAUUAUAAAGAUGCUUAAUUAUACAGCAUUAUUAUAUUAAACACCAACCUCUAAAACGUGCUAAGUUAUCAAGUCACUUCAAAUAUAUCAAAUCAGGUUUGUACAUUUUCAGAAGGAAAUGUGAAUAUUACAUGCACAUGUAAAACUCUCCCUCUCAAUGCAGUGCAGUGGUUGCCAGUUGUUAAUGGGAAAUUUGGGUAAAAGUAUAAUUAAUUGAUCCCAAAUGUAGCUUAACGGCAGCCUUUCAAAAUAUAUUCAACACAUAAUGAACAUUAUUAUUUUAUGAAAUUCGUUUAGAGAUAAUAUAAUAAGUAAUAAAGACAAUAAAUGCAUUUAAUGUUUCUAUACUCUGUGAAAAGAUGCUGUGAGAGAAUCUCUCUAGUGUUAGGCCUGGGACACACUUGACGAUUUUCAAAUCUUAUGUGACAGACAUAACAGUUUCAACUGAUGUUUCAACUGAUGACGCACACACUGGAAGAUUUAGCCGGACUGUGAGACCACACACCUGUUGAUUGCAGGAAUGAUUUCAAUGCGAGACGAGAUCUCACAAGACUCUCGAGAUCAAAUGUGACUUGAGAAGAAAAAACAAAUAGAGGACAUUUGACUCCAUUGGACUUUCUGUUUUAUAGUGAAAAACAAAAUAGAAAAUAAGAAUAUCUUCUUUCUCAAUACUCCACUUUCGUGGCAUGUUUGUGGCUGCCAAGUUUCAGCUAUAGGUGAUGCUUGCUCGCUCUUAUUAUUGGCUAUCUCGGGUAUCAUGUCAGAGGCAACCCAGCCUUAAAAGUGUGUGGCCAGCCCUUUUUUUUUCACAGUUGCACACAGUUCACAGUUGUUGGCCAGAGAAGAACUGGCCCCCCAACUGAGUCUGGUUUCUCCCAAGGUUUUUUCCUCCAUUCUGUCACCUGAUGGAGUUUGGGUUCCUUGCCACUGUCGCCUCUGGCUUAGUUGGGGACACCUAUUCAACUAUAUUAUUGAUCUGACUGCAUUAACACUAUUAUAUGAGAACUUAACAGAGCUGGGCGAUGACAUCGCCAUCAUAAUAUUCCUGUUACCACUGUAAAGCUGCUUUAAAGUUCUGGCUCCAUCUAGUGGCAAAUAUAAGUGAAUGUUACAUUUCUAUGACUAAACAUUACAUUUCUUGGUUUCAUUAAAAUUAGUUUUAUGUAUUUAUAUUGUAAGGCAGUUGACACAGAACAUGCAUUAAUUUUCUUGUUUUCUGUUAUAAUGAAUUGUGAAUGUUAUAGAUUUACUCGCCUCCUCUAUGAUCAAAAAUAAAUAUUCAGUCUGGAGGGAGGAAAUUUUGGCCAAAUAUUUGAUGUUUUCAUGACAACAGUCAAAGCGAAGGGAAGAAAGCAGAUAAACAUUCUAGUUACUUCUUGUGUUUGCUUUGUUCAAUUGUCAUAUGAAGUUUGUCUGAUAGCUGCUGUUAAUGGUUCUUAAUCCACAUCAAACUAUGAUAUCAUUAUUGUUUUUUUUUUUUAUGUAUAAAGUAUUCAAACAAAUCCAGUCAAAUGCCAGAUCUGCGGCUUCCUUCUAAAAAGUUGUUAAUGUUUCUUGCAACUUAUAAAAAUGUCAAAAACCCAAAGUAUCGUAUGCAUUUUUGGCAUUUCCAAGAGUGCCCUGUAUGGGCUCUACGAUCACGUACUAAAUUGCCAUUAGUACUUAUAUAGAGAGGAUGAAACCUGUAUGAUCUCUCAGUAUCAGAUACUGUAACCUCCACUAGGUGGCGCUCUUUCAGUGUGAUUAAUGUAAUAUUCAGUCAGUGCUGAUGGUGGGAGGGGCCAGUAAAGCUGCUCAUUACUGAUAAAGAGCUGAAGAAAGAGGAAGUAACUAAAGCAGACAGAUGUAGAGACAGAGAGAUUCACACAGAGAACAUUCAGCAUAAAGAAGACUGAACUCAACUCACAAUGAAGAUCCUCCUCAUCUUCUUCACUUUCUACCUGAUCUCAGGUGCAGUGAGAUGCUUUAGUGUCACUGGAUAUUCUGGAGGAAGUCUUCUUGUUAGUUCAUGGAAGCCUUGGCAUAAAGAUAAAGCUAAAUACAUGCAAAAGCUACAGAGUACAACAAUAAUAAAUGAUAGAAAACAUAAUCAGUGGAUUGAAGGAAGAUUUACUUUAUUUUGCAAUGAAUAUAGAGACCUCAUGAUCUACAUUAGAGAACUGAACACACAAGAUGCUGGAACUUACCGGAUUGUGGUUGUUGGCCAGUGGUUCAUUGAUAUGAGAUUGAAUGUGAAAGUAGGUCAGUCAUUUUAGGAUCAGAGUUUUUGUGUAAUGGAGUUGGUGAUCAUUUCAAAGCUUUUAUGGCAAUAUCUUUAUUAUCUGAAUGACAGAUUCAUGUUGUAAAGUGUCAAAGAGAGUGAUGGUGAAUAUUGGAGAAACUGCAACAUUCAGCUGUGAAUAUUCACAGAAUCAUAUUAACGAUCCCAAGAUCAUAUUCAAAGAAGGAAAAGACUCUAUUGAGAUGAUUUACAGCACAUGGAAGAAGGAAGAAAGAUUCAGUGUUUCUAAUAACAGACACAAUCUCAUGACUGUGAGAAUUUCUGCUGUGAGACCAGAUGAUGGAGGAGUUUAUUUAUGUGGAGUUUCGAUCAGAGAACAAUCGUACAAUUACUUCAUUAUUAAUACUGUUCAUCUACAUAUUGGUUCUAAAGUGGGCGUGUCUAGAGUGAGCGGAUACUCAGGAGGUCGUAUGAUGAUUAAGUGUGAACAUCCUCAAUACAAAACCAAGCCAAAAUACAUCUGUAAAGAAUCAGAUGGAUGUUCAGAGAGGAAGAAUCCAGGAGUUCAGGAUGAAUGGAUGGAGAAUGGAGAUGUUUCUUUAUAUGACGACACCAGAGCAGGAGUCUUGAUGGUGUUUUUUAGAGAGCUGAAAGCUGCAGAUGCAGGAACAUACAGGUGUGGAGUGAAUGUGUCUCACUAUACUGAGAGCUUCACUGAACUUCAGCUGAACGUCACAGACGAUGCAAUGUUUGUGACUGAAUCUGCUCAUCUUGGUGAAGAAGUCAACAUCAGCUGUCAGAUCCCAGAGGAACAUAAAGUUCAUUUCUGCAAAGAGGAUGAUAAUCACAUCUGUCAAAAUAUCAGCACAUCUACAGUGACAGAAAUGAAUGGUUCAUCUGAGAGAAAUGAAGAGAGAGUUUUUACAGUGAGCAUCAGUAAUGUGAGCGUGAGAGAUGCUGGAGUUUACUGGUGUGGAGCAGAAACCAGAGACACACAUUUGACUUUCAUCUCCCUGAACACCAAAAUUCAGCUCAACCUCAUCUUGGCUCCAGUAGUGAGACGUGAAGGAGAAUCUGCUGAGAUCAUCUUCUCUUAUGAUUCAAUCUAUAAAUCAAAGUCAAAGUCUCUCUGUAAGGGGAAGUGCUCCACUAGAGAUAGAAAUACUCUCAAUGAAGAGAAAGAGACCAAGACUGACAGAUUGACUCUGAAUGAUGACGUCACUGCACGUGUCUUCACUGGGACCAUCACUGGACUGACAGCAGAGGAUGCUGGAAAAUACUGGUGUGCAGUGACAUUAGAGAGAGACGUGAAUUAUCUUUACACUCAUCUGAUCGUCAUCAUGAACGAGGAGCUGAACUUGACUAAGUAUGAAGGAGACGACAUGUCAAUCCAGUGCAAACAUCAUGAUGAACAUCAGAAACUCUUCUGCAAAGCACAUGAACCCUCCAUGUGUGUGAAGGAUGGAGUUUCAUUGGAGACGAUCAGAGAUGAUCGAUUCUCUUUCAGUGAUGAAGCUUCUACUGGAGUCUUUACUGUGAACAUCACUGAUCUGAGAGAAGAGGAUUCUGGGAUAUACUGGUGUGGAGCUCACAUCAUCACUAAAGCCAACCUCCAACUGUUAUAAAGAAUUCCUCCAUGAUCAUCAUUAUUUGUGUGUUUGUGAUUCUGCUGCUGAUUGGUGG